AUGGCUGCCCCAACUCUCACCGCUCUCCCUGCGGAGAUCCGCCAGCAGAUUGCCAAGGGUACUGUCGCUCUUGACGUCACUUCCAGAGGCUACAAGCCAUCGAGCCCUCUCGCCGGCGUAUGCCGCUUACUCCGCGAAGACGUUGCGGAGAUCCUACCAAGCUGGCUUCCAACCCCAGACACAGACGUCGUCAUCAGCAUGGAGGAGGCCCUCCGCCAUCUCCAAGCCGCUGAGACGCAUUACGCCAGCCUCGCAGCAGCAUCCAGUCGCCAAUCACAUGCCAUUGAGCACAUACGCAUCAAGUUCUUCAAUGCGCAGAUCAAAAACCAAAAGAACGAUCCGCGCUACGACUCCAUGUAUAAAGUACCGCUUCCCGUGGUCCUUCAACAAAUCAGAGCUGACAGUGAAUUUCAGACUCUAAUGGACGGGCCAAAAUUCCGGGGCGGGUACGGUUGGCUCGAAGCCAACAACCAGAGCGACCCGAAUCCGAAUCCCUUCAGGUCCUCGCUCAGGAACUUGAACGAUCUUGUCAGCGCUCUAAAUGAUUCCGUCCGUCUCCCAAAUAUCAAGCGAGUCACGCUGGAUCUGAAUAUGCCUCCUACCGCGUUGAAGUUCCUAGAGGAGUGCGGCCCGGGAGGCAAGCGAGCGCCGCGUGGAGCUACAGGGCGGGAAGCCUUCAAGUACCAAGCUAAGUACUGGGACCCUAUUCUACGGGAGAUGAGCCGGAUUCGGAUCACGGCGAGAGAGAAGGAGGGAUUGAAGCCGGGUCAGAAGUAUUUCGACAGGUCCAGAGGGGGAGACGACAUCCUAAAGGGUCUGCCGUUUCUGCCGGUAGAGAUUGUUGGCAAGUUGCCUUCAAGCCAAGAAGAUGCGCUCAGGGACUGGCCGGACAGUCAUAGCGACUGGACAUUUGAGGACGGUAGUUGUGUCAUGCACCAUUUUCUUCAGGUGCUGUCCGCAGAGCGCAUUGCGAAGCGGGAGGAGGAAGAGCGAAAGAGAGAGGCGGAGAAGCGCAAGAGGGGGGAAGCGCAAGAGGAGGGGUUGAUUAAGAAUGUGGUGCAAAAGGAAGAGGAGAACGCGGACGAGGCGGAAAGGCCAUCGAAGAAGGCACGCUUGAUAUUGUACGGAGUUCGUCAGAGGAGGUAUUAG